AUGUUCAAACUCGUGCUCGCUGCCGCUCUCAUCUCGGUGAUCGCCGCCGCACCGAAUUGCUCGAUCGAAGACAACAAACUCUUGGACAAAUGCAACGCGACGAUGGAAUCUCUCGAAAAGGAUUGGGCGAGAUUCGACGAUGAGGAGAGCGAGUAUGACGUUGAGUUUAUGAAGAACUUCCAUGAAAAAUGCGUUGCAUCUGUGGAAUGCUUGGAGCCAGGAGUUUGCCCAUUCAUCACGGAAACCCGUCAGUUUUACAACGAGAACUGUCUUGCUGCCAAAAUCAUGUCGGGCGCUGCCUACCAGUGCGCUAAGAAGUUGGAAAAUAUGGAGAAGCCUGACAGCUUGUGCGAUCACUUCUUCACCACUGACAAAUGCCACAUGUCCCCGAAGACUCGUUGCGAGUUCAUCGCUAAACGCAAGCCGUGCGUCUUGCAAUACUACGAGGAAGUUUGCGGUCCGGAAAUCCUUCUCCAACUUGAAAAUGAUUCGCCGUUUGCUGAAGUCUUGUCGUGUACCGAUUUAAUCGAUUAA